AUGAGGAGGGACGUGAACGGAGUGACCAAGAGCAGGUUUGAGAUGUUCUCAAAUAGUGAUGAAGCUGUAAUCAAUAAAAAGCUUCCCAAAGAACUCCUAUUACGGAUAUUUUCUUUUCUGGAUGUUGUUACCUUAUGUCGCUGUGCUCAGGUCUCCAGGGCCUGGAAUGUUCUGGCUCUAGAUGGCAGUAACUGGCAGCGAAUUGACCUGUUCGAUUUCCAGAGGGAUAUUGAGGGCCGGGUAGUGGAGAAUAUUUCAAAAAGAUGUGGGGGCUUUUUACGAAAGUUAAGUCUUCGUGGGUGUCUUGGAGUAGGAGACAAUGCAUUAAGGACCUUUGCACAAAACUGUAGGAACAUUGAAGUACUAAAUUUAAAUGGGUGUACAAAGACUACAGACGCUACAUGUACUAGCCUUAGCAAGUUCUGUUCCAAACUCAGGCACCUUGACUUGGCUUCCUGUACAUCAAUAACAAACAUGUCUCUAAAAGCUCUGAGUGAGGGAUGUCCACUGUUGGAGCAAUUGAACAUUUCCUGGUGUGACCAAGUAACCAAGGAUGGCAUCCAAGCACUAGUGAGAGGCUGUGGGGGUCUGAAAGCCUUAUUCUUAAAAGGCUGCACACAGCUAGAAGAUGAAGCUCUCAAGUACAUAGGUGCACACUGUCCUGAACUGGUGACUUUGAACUUGCAGACCUGCUUGCAAAUCACAGAUGAAGGUCUCAUUACUAUAUGCAGAGGGUGCCAUAAGUUACAGUCCCUCUGUGCCUCCGGCUGCUCCAACAUCACGGACGCCAUCCUGAAUGCUCUUGGUCAGAACUGCCCACGACUUAGAAUAUUAGAAGUGGCAAGGUGUUCUCAAUUAACAGAUGUAGGCUUUACCACUCUGGCCAGGAAUUGCCAUGAGCUUGAAAAGAUGGACCUGGAAGAGUGUGUUCAAAUAACAGAUAGCACCUUAAUCCAACUUUCUAUACACUGUCCUCGACUUCAAGUAUUGAGUCUGUCUCACUGUGAGCUGAUCACAGACGAUGGAAUUCGUCAUUUGGGGAAUGGGGCCUGUGCUCAUGACCAGCUGGAGGUGAUUGAACUGGACAACUGCCCACUAAUCACAGACGCAUCCCUGGAGCACUUGAAGAGCUGUCACAGCCUUGAGCGGAUAGAACUCUAUGACUGCCAGCAAAUCUCACGGGCUGGAAUCAAGAGACUCAGGACCCAUUUACCCAAUAUUAAAGUCCACGCCUACUUCGCACCUGUCACUCCACCCCCAUCAGUGGGGGGCAGCAGACAGCGCUUCUGCAGAUGCUGCAUCAUCCUAUGA